UAUGUAUUUUAAACUCAAAUGUCUCCACUUUCUGCAGAUUGUAUAAGGACCACAAUAAGAAUCUUCAAGAAGAUCCAGACAUUCAGUCAAUUUCCGAUAUAAAAGAGGGCCAGAUUAUCAGGGGAUAUUUGAUGUCUGUUACUGAUCUAGGCAUAUUUGUGAGGUUAUCAAGGACCAUCUCAGGAAGAGUUCUUUUCCAGAAUGCUACAAAAUACUUUGUGAACAACCAAAAAAUGUUUUCCGAACACAUUUCCAUGAAUGCAUUGCUGACAGCCAAGGUUCUCAGUGUGAACGCCAAGAAAGAGCAUGUGAACCUGUCACUGCUGUCAAAGGACACUGGCAAACCAGAUCUGCUCCCAGAAUCCCUUGAGCUUCCAUUGCGUUUGACAGAAGAGCAGAAGCAAGAACGUGACAAGAAAGCCAUCAAGAGGAAGCGGGUUAAUUCUGAGAGCCAGCAACAAGACGAUGAGAAAAAUGGACAGAUGAUUAAAAAGAAAAAAGAAGGCCCAGUAAAGGGCAAAUCCACAGAAAAGAAGAAAACGAUAAAAAAGAAAACGAAAACAGAGGAUAAUGACAGUGGUGUAGAAGUGUUCUGCAGAGAGGAGGAAGUAAUGCCGUUGCGUAAAAAUCAAGACCAAGUAAAGGGUAAGCAGGAGGCAAAGGAACCAGAACGGCUGCAGGUGGCUUUUGGCUUCCCGUGGGAAUCCACACUGUGCUCUUUAACACCAUUUGCCGCAGUAGACGACACCCAUGAUUCCAGUGAGGAUGAGCAGGAAGUCACAAGCAAGGUGAGCUCACACAUGCACAGCUCCCUCCUCUGGCUGCAGUACAUGGCUUUCCAUCUGCAAGCCACGCAGAUCGAGCAGGCGCGUGCGGUCGGCGAGAGAGCCCUCAAAACCAUCUCCUUCAGGGAGCUUUUUGAUCGUGUGAUUCACCUGAGCGUGUCGGUGAAGAAGAUCAAGUUCUUCUUUAAGCGUUACCUGGAGUACGAGAAGAAGAACGGCACACCUGAGACCAUGCAGGCGGUCAAACAGAAGGCUCUAGAAUAUGUGGAGUCCAAAGGAGCAGAAGCUGCCAGCUAG